AUGCCCUAUCCCAAUGGUGUCCCCGGUGUCCCCGGCUCGGCCCCACAACAGCAGCAGCAAUUCCAAGAUCCUUCCAACAUCAAGUUAACCAGAGGUACCAGCUGUGUAUUGUGUCAACAACGCAAGGUUCGUUGCGACAAGAAUAAGCCAUGCGCCAACUGUGUCAAGGCUAAGGUUGAGUGCCGGGUUAUACCCCCACAGCCUCCUCGUCGCCGAAAGAAGCGCCUCCAAGAAAAGGAUCUCAUUGAGCGUCUUAAAAAAUAUGAAAAUCUCUUGGCUGAGCAUGGAGUCAAGGUUGAUGCUAUUGGCCAUGAGUUGAGACCUGAUGGCCCCCCAGGAGAGGAUGUUGAUGAGCUUGAAAACGACUUUGAAGGCCUCAAGACAACCCCUGAAGCUAGUUCGUCCCCUGCUCCAUCAAACGCAGAGCAAAAAACUGGCGGAGGAGCCUGGUUUUCUUAUCAUAAAGAGUUUCGGGCAAGCGAGCACAUGCUUCAAGAUUCGUCGGACGAAGAACCUGAAGUCGGUUCUACCAUUCAUCGUGCCUUUGAUCGCAUGUUUGCAACCGACGGCUUUCCUUUCAUCAUAGGGAGUGCUCCUGUACCUAUAUCUAACCUCCAUCCUUCCACUAUACACAUUUUCCAACUCUGGCAAAUAUACAUCGACAACAUUAAUCCAUUGCUCAAAAUCACACAUGUCCCUACUGUUCAAGGGCAGAUUAUUGAGGCGAGUUCCGAUGUUGAAAAUGCACCCAAGAACAUUGAGGCCCUCAUGUUUGCCAUGUAUCUCAUGGCAAUCACAUCUCUUGAGGAAGCGGAGGUUUACAGAAGAUUUAAUGAAACAAAAAAAGAACUUUUAGCGAGAUAUCAUGCUGGUACUCAACAGGCGCUUACAGAAGCUGGCUUUAUGAGAGUCAACGACCCUAUCCUUUUACAGGCUUAUAUCCUCUAUUUAUUUGCUGUUCGAUGGUUUGUUGACCCUCGCCAAGUCUUUUGUUUGAUCGGACUAGCUGUUCGUAUUGCUCAGCGGAUGGGUCUUCAUCGAGAUCCAGCACAGUUUGGCUUACCACCAUUUGAAGUUGAGCAACGCCGUCGACUAUGGUGGACACUUGUGGGAUAUGAUCGACGGUUGGGAGAAAUGGCUGGAUCAACGGUUACUGCCCUCUCUACUGGCGGUGACUGCAGGAUACCAAUGAAUGUGAACGACUCGGACUUGCAUGUUGAUGGCAAAGAAUUCCCCACCCCCCACACUGGACCAACCGAGAUGCUGUUCUCUCUGACAAGGGUUGAGCUCGCAAUGGCUGUCUCAAGCGAUAGCAAUCGCGACAGCUUCAAGAUGAACAAUACAGAUAAGAGCCCUGGAGGGGCAACUGCCAAUAGGAACCAAGCGACAAUCCGGCUUGCUGGUCAAGACGGUCCUGAGUAUACUCUUGAUGGUUACUGCGCACAUAUUGAGGGUACAUACCUCAGCCAGUGUGACCCUAAAAUCCCCCUGCACUUUUUUACUCUCACAAUGACUCGCCAAGCCUUGUGUAAGAUGCGCAUCAUCAGCUUUCUCGUUCGAAUGCACAGCAACAAUGGUGAUGUUCCGCUCAAGGAAGUUGAGAGAGACAGUCUUUUUCUACAGGCCACGCAGAUGAUUGAGUAUGAUAACAUUGUUCAGUCCUCCGAGUCACUGCGCCCGUUCAAGUGGUACUCCAUGCAUCACUUCCCCUUCCCUGCGUAUAUGUUCCUUGUCCAGCAGCUGCGGCAGCGCGUUUCUGGUCCUAUGGUAGAACGUGCAUGGGACGCUAUCGAGAAGAACCAUGAUCUCCGUGGUCUCAUGAACAAUUACCACAACCCUAUGCACAUGGCAUUCGGUGGUCAUUUUAUCAAAGCUUGGGAUGCACACGAAGUCUCUCUUCUCGCUGCCGGUCGACAACCGAGAAGACCAGCGUUUCUCGCUCCUCUGCGCGAACGUGUCGCAGCACGUCGCCGGGAAAAGCACGAGAGACGGCAAGCUCCUAAGUUUUCUCAGCCUCAAAUCGGCAUCCCACAAGUCGCGACGCCUUCUUCCACCGGCUUCGCCCCAUCUGUUGGACAAAUGACCCCUGGAACCAUCCAUCAUGGCCAGCGAGCAAACUCAGGCUCUGUUGCCUCAAGCGACGAGCCAGGGGAGAUGGAUUGGACAUUUAUGAUGUCAGGCUACAAUGAUAACGCCAGUUUUACCCCAAUGGGUGGAUUUGGAAGCUUCAGUGGUGGAUUCGGUGGAGGAAUGCCUGGUAUGCCGCCCGGUAUGGGACGCGGUCCUCCCCCUCCUGGCGGUAACACGUUUGGAAAUUAA